ACCAAAGUUGAGUCACCCAAACCUUCCUUCGUUGAAGCAGUUGGGGAGCGUGGAAAUGUUUUGUCAUUCGAUUUCUCUCAUAAAUUGAGUUUUGUCAUUCGAUUUCUCUAAUAAAUUGAAGCAAAGCUCUCGCCUUUCGGCAGGGAUUCUGAAAAGUUUUGCCCUUCGAUUUCUGCCAUAAAUUGAAGCAAAUCUCUCGCCUGAUGGAAACGUUCAAAAUUCUCCCCCCACGUCAACCCAGUUCAAAUCCAAUUCGAUUCACCAACCCCCCAAAGCCCUAAUUCCCAAUUUGUGAGCCAUCGCAAAUUAGGAAAGGUCGAAAUGACUUUGACCCACACGCAUUUAUACUCUCUGCGUCCGUCACUGUCUUUGUUUCUUGGCUUCAAUGGCUGCCAAAGCUUCGUGCUUUUUCUGCAAGGCCGAGAGUGAUCAGUUCGUUAAUGGCUGGGAGCUCAAGGAUGGGUCUUUCGCCCAGCUCUGCAAGAAAUGCGGUUUCAUCUGAUCCUACUAAGAAAGUUGUCCGAGUCCCUUUUUCCUGGAUCUUUACAAGCUCCAGGUCCUCGGAUUGGAGAAGAAUCCAAUACGGAUGCAUGUAAUGGAGAUACAGCUUGUGAAGCCAAAGUAGGCAGUGAAACACCUCAAGUGGAUGUCUCCACAGGAAGCCAUUUACACCCUGACAAUCUACCUAAGAUGACAAGUGCUGAGCAGCUCCAAAAAGUCUCCGGAAACUUAAACUCUGAUCUUAUACCUCUGUUUGAGAAGUCAUCAACCGUAAGUGAUACUAAUCACAGUACAGGAUUUCUUGUGAUACCGAAGAAAUAUGCAGAGGAACAACCUCCAAUGGAUGUGGAAACAAAUCCAGUGCCUAUAGAAACAAAUCAGAAAACAAACCAGGAACAAUCUCUAAGGGACUUUGAAACAGGUCCAACGCCAGUAGAUACAAGUCUGAAAACAGACCAGGAACAACCUCCAAAGGAUAUGGAGACAAGUCCAACGCCGGUAGAAACAAGUCAGAAAUCAGACCAGGGACAAUCUCCAAAGGAUAUGGAAACAGGUCCAACGCCUGUAGAAACAAGUCUGAAAACAGACCAGGAACAAUAUCAAAGGGAUAUGGAAACAGGAAACAGGUCCAACACCUGAAGAAAUAAAUCUGGAAGCAGACCAGGAACAGUCUCCGAGCGAUAUGGAAACAAGUCUGAAAACAGACUAGGACUGUGAACCCUGUGCUAUCCUUGGAUGUGUGAAGUCCUUUAUGCAAUUCAGUCAAAAACCACUCAUCCGAGUGUCACAGAAGUCGUCCUCUGCAUUAGGCUUUUCAAACUUUCUGCUCCACCUUGCCAAAAAAA